AUGCCAUCGAUAAAUAUGAAACUGGAGAUUGUGACCAUCAUCGCCUGCGAAGUAGACAUCGAGGUGUUUACCUCAGACAAAAUGCAGGAGAGGUUUGAGGCCUUGUUUAGGAUCUACGAUGAACAAACGACUUUCCAGAUGUUUAAAAGCUUUCGUAGAAUCCGGAUCAACUUCAGCACCCCAGAGGCCGCGGCCCGCGCUCGCAUCGAGCUGCAUGAGUCCGAGUUCAACGGAAAUAAGCUCAAACUCUACUUCGCCCAAGUCCAGAAUGGCGACGAGGACAUUGACAAGUCGUACCUGGCCCCUCCCCAGCCCAGCAAACAGUUUCUGAUCUCACCGCCUGCCUCGCCUCCUGUGGGCUGGAGCCAGAGUGAUGACGCUACACCCGUCAUCAACUACGACCUGCUGUGUGCAGUCGCCAAGCUAGGACCUGGUGAAAAGUAUGAGCUCCACGCGGGGACAGAGUCCACCCCCAGCGUGGUCGUCCACGUGUGCGAGAGUGAGACAGAGGAGGACGAGGCGGCGCGGCCAAAGCAGCAGAUCGUCCAGACCAGACGUCCGGAGGGACCCCCCAAAGUCCUCAACUAGAGAGGCCUUCCCCCCGACACCGGCGCGGCCUCCGACCGCCCCUUAAACCCGCGACACACCUGCCCUCUCUCUCUCUCUCGUCUCUGCACUCACAGAGAGCGUCGAUGCCCCUCAUUUCAGUUCAACUACAAGCAAAAACAAACCAACAAACAUUGCUCGCAGACGGUGUUUGUGGUGGAGCGUGGCGAUGGAAUGAGGUGGCUUGAAGGGGAUGGAUGAGAAUCACACACACA